AUGUCGGGUGGAGAAGUAAUUAUUGAAAAAAAUCCAUCGAGUAAGCAUUGUGUAGCUAAAAAGGAGUUAUUAUGUGAUAGUAUAAUAUGGGAACUUUUACAAAAUUAUUAUAAAAAAGCUGCAAUAAAUGCAUGGAAAGAAAAUAUAGUUCCAUCAUUCGUAACAAGUAAUAGUAAGCUAGCUAAAGAUUAUGCAAGAGUAAUAAUUAAUUAUAUGAAAGAUUGGUUUAAUAGUAAUGAAUGUGAUCGUAAUGUUCCUAUUUAUAUAUUAGAAAUAGGUGCAGGUCAUGGGAAAUUUACUUACUUAAUUUUAAGAGCAUUAUCAAAAUAUAAGAAAUAUUUUAAAAGCAUGAAUUUACCAGAAAAACCAUUUGUAUAUGUAUUUACUGAUGUAGCUAAAGAUAACAUAACUUAUUGUAUGAAUAAUGAAAAAUUGAAAAAAUAUAUUAACAGCAAAGAUAAUUAUGAUAAGACAUAUUCAAGUAAAAAUAAUUCUUAUUAUGAUUCAGAAAAUGAUAAAAAUGAAAUGAUAAAUUAUGAUUCUUCAACAAACAGUUCAUGUUGUUCUUCAUCAUAUAAUGAAACAAAUUAUUCAGAUGAUAAACCUAAAACUUAUUCAAAUUAUUCAAUGUUAGAUUUUGCAUACUUUGAUGGAAAUGAUACAUCAGACAAAAUUUAUUUGGAAAUUACUAAAAAAUAUAUACCUAGUGGUACACCCAUAGUUUUAAUAUGUAAUUAUGUUUUAGAUUCUUUAUUAACAGAUGCAUGGAUAGUUAAUAGUGAAAAUUGUACAAAGCGAGCUUGCUUAUCAGUUUAUUCACCUAUAGAAGAACCUGAUAAAACAAAUGCAGACAUUAUGUUACGAAUGUCUGUUAAAUGGGAUUGGGAACAGAUAGAUAUUGAUGAAGAAAUUAAAAAAGAACAAACAAAUAAACCAUCUGAUUAUUUAAGAAAAUAUGAAGAUAUAUAUACAGUAUUGAAAUUAUAUUCUUACUUUAAUCAAAAUUUGUCAUUUGUAUUACCAGUUGGUGCAUUUAUAUUAUUUAAGCGUAUAUUAAAAUUAAGUGAUAAUAAAUUAUUAUGUCUAAUCGGGGAUAAAGGUUAUCAGUCUUAUGAAGAAUUUCGAGGUUAUAGAGAUCCUCAUAUUGUUGUUCAUGGUAGUCUUUCUUUUAUGGUGAAUUUAAAUGCUAUUUGUCUAUUCUUUUUAUCUUUGGGAGGGUAUUAUAUUUAUACACCUUACUCCGACACAUUUCAAGUUGUCACAUUAUUACUUCAUAAAAAAACUAACGAGUUUACUAUUCGAAGCCAAAUUCAAAAUAAUAAUGUGAUAGAAAAUGGCUUCUUUGGUAAGGUAGAUGGUAAUUCAUCAGUAGAAGCAUCUGGAAAUGUCAUUACCCCCUAUGAUAGAGUUAAAAAUUCUUAUAUAAUAAAAUAUUUCAAAAAAAAUGCCAAGGCACAUCAAAAAAAGAAAAAUAGUAGAUAUUACAGUAAAUUAUCAAAUCAUGAAUAUGAUAUGGAACGAGAUUUAAUAAGUUCAAAAUUAAAUAGUUUUAAUAAUGGAGGAGAAACAAUUUACAAAAAAAUGAAAAAAAUUAAUUUAAAAAAUUUAAAUAAUAUGAGUAUACAUUUUGGAGGAACUAUUUCCUCUUUUUUUGAUAACGUCGAACAAAUACCACCUGAUAUAUUAAUAAGUUGGCAAAAAUCUGUUAUUCAUAAUAUUAAUAAUCAUCCAGCUAAUGUGUCAAUAAAAGAAUUAAUUGCAUUGUUAAGGUAUUCUAAUUAUGAUUCAGAUGUUUUUUUUAAUAUACGAAGUUCAUUCACAAAUCUAGCAUGUUACCCCAAUAUAAAUGGUAGAACAGAAAAAGAUAUAUUAUUAGAUAUAAAAGAAUGUUAUGAUAAUUAUUAUUCAUUAAAGGGUGAUGAAGAUAUUGCUGAUGCAUGUGGACAUAUAUGUAUGAAAUUUGGUGAGUUCAAUAAAUCUAUUUAUUAUUUAAAAGAAAGUUUAAGAAAUUUCAAAGAAUCUAGACAUUCAUCAACAUAUAUUAAUAUAGCUUCAUGUUACAAAAUUUUACGUAAUUAUAAUAAAUCACUUAAAUAUAUUAAAUCUGCUAUAAAAUUAUCAAAAAAAGAAAAUAAUAAAAAAAAUAAAAAUAUCCCAACAAAUAAUAUGAACUAUUCUCAUGACUUAUUAUAUAAUAUACAAUUUUGUUUAAACCCAAUUGAAUAUUCAAUUAUUGGAUUAAAUUAUUAUGUACAAAAUGAUGGAUUAUAUUACUUAUCUUUUGAACAUAAAAUAAAAUUAAAGUAUAUCUUUUUACUAUCUAAAGAAGAAGAAAAUGUUCUGAAAUAUAUGCACAGUAAAUAUAAUAAUAUGCAAUAUGAAAAAAGUAAUAGAAAUAUGGAUUUUUCAGACAUUAAAAUUGUAAAAAUUUUUGAUAACAAUAAAGUUGUUUCAUUAAAGCAACUAAACGAUCAAGACAGCCAUAAAAACAAUAAACACUAUCAUGAAGAAUUAGAAAAUGAUAAGAAUGCUGAACUAGCCCAAAUGAACUUUUACACAAAUGUAGAAUGCAUAAAAAAAAAUUUAGCUGAGUGUUUAAAAAAAUAUAAUUUUCAUUUUGGUGUAAUAGAUUGUCCAUGGAUUAUAAAACCUGAUAUUGUAAAUUUAAUGGUGAAAAAUUCGAAACACAUAAUUACUUAUGGUACUUUAUCAGAUGUACCUAUUAAAUCAUCUGAAACUAUUUUAAAUUAUAAAAAAUAUUCUGAACAAAUUAGUUGGAUAAAUAAUAAUUAUAUGCAUGAUGAAUGUUUAUAUGAAACAAGAGAAGCAUUAAAUUAUAUAAAACAAGUUACAUCUAUAACAGUUACACAUUAUAGUUACAAUUUAUUUAACAAUAAAAAUAAGGCUAUUAAAAAUAAAGACAUAUUAACUGAUGAUUUAUGCAUGGUUCUAAGUAUGCUUCAAAUUAUUUUGGGUUACCAUUUAUCUGGUCUCACAGCUAACUUUUUGAAAACAAACAAAUCUUCUGACGGUUCAGAAAUGGAUCAUAAUAAUGGCGAUCACAAUGAAGUAGAAAGGGCUACCUCAGAACCCAAAAUAAAUGAACCCAUUUCCGAUUACAAUUGUUUAUCUGGUAUUCUCACAUUUUCAAAAAAAAGAAAUGUAUCAGAAGAAGAUGGAAUGGAAAUAUGUGGAAACUAUUUAAUAAUGAAUAAUAAAAAUGAAGAAUUUAUAACAAAAAUAAAUAUUAUCGGUAUAUUUGGAUCUAUAUGUUUAAAAAAAACCUUAUCAAAUUGGAAUAUUCAUAUUGUUAAUAUUAAUGGUGAAACAAUAUUUGAUAAGUCAGGAAGAAUAGCAACUAACCAAAAUGCAAAUGAUGUAUUUAUUAGUCAAUAUUUAAUUAAAACAAAUGGAAAACUUAAUAAUAUUAAACAUUAUAGUGAAUAUUAUUCAAAAGAUGAUACACCUAUAAAUAAUAAUGAACCAUUUGAUUCUGAUAUGGAUAUAUUAGUACUUACAUCUGAUGACGAAAAUAGUGAUGCUCAUUUAAAAGAAAAUUUUGUAAAUACAACUUUAGAUACAACCAAAGAACCUUCGGAAGAUAAUAGUGACAAUGAAAAUAAGGAUUUUUAUUUUACAGACUUUAAUUUAGAAAUAAUGAAAGACCUUCCUGGUAAAAGAUUUUAUUCACCUGGUAAAGGAGCUUAUGAAAAUAUUAAUUUUGAUAAAGAUUUAAUUGAUAUAACAGUUAAUAAUAAUACAUUUUAUUCUCGUAUUAUUGAAGGAAUAAAUAUGUCAUAUGAUCAAAAGGGAGCUAUGAUUAAUUUUAAGUACAACCCCAAUGCGAACCCAUAA